AUGGAUCGCCCCACGCGUGAGCACGUCCUUAGCAAUGGUCGGGCAUUUGAACGAUCCAAGAGGUCCGACCAUGCUCCUCUGGUCCCGCACACAUUCGUCCCCGUGCCGGCCUCUUCGACCAGAUGUGCUGGCUCAACACGGGCUGCUGUAACCGCUCCCCAACCGCGUGUGGCUCAGAUUAUGAGCAUAAACGACCUCCUUCUGGAAAGAGCCGGGAUGAUUCAAAUUCCCCAACUGACAUACGAAUGGGGCCAACAUCCCCAUGACAUGAUCGCGGGCAUCACUCCUCUUCCAGCACCGCCCGGACAAGCCGAGCUCAUGUACGACAACGCAUUCGGAAUGAACAGAGGUCUGCCAGUUCCAACCCACGUCCACGCCCACACCCAGGGACUCCAAUGUCAACGCAGGCCAUGCAUACAUGGCUAUGGAGGCCGGGGACAGACUAAACGCACUUAUCUGCCUCAUCCGCAAUCUGAAAAGGACUUUCUGGCGCAAUACUACGCCGGGCCCCCCUCAGCAGACACGGGCGCUGACCAAAUACCUCAUAUUCCCGCGGUUAUAGAGGUACCUAAAGCGCCAGCAGCCCAGCAGCAACCCCAGAUCGUCACCGAGAUUAGUAGUACGGGCACGGCGGCGGCGGGAUCCACAGGUCUCACGAUUACCACCACCACCACCACCACGGGCACGGGCGCGGGCGCCACCACCACGACGAGAACGAUAACCGGACCCGAUGGAACCGUCCUCGUCCCUCCUCCCGUCCCCGCUCACCCAGGCUGCGAACUCUCCCCACAAAUGGCCAAAGUGAUGGACGAGUAUGGAAUCGAGCAUGUGUGCGAUUACUUGCGAGCCAAGAACUUGCUCAGAGACAAGAUAGUAAAGAAAGUCCUCAACAACACGCAGGACAAACUUAUGGAACUGCUGCUGAAGGAACUUGAUCAAAUGAGCAGUGAAGAAGAGGAGGAGGAGGAUGCCGAUCUUGAUUUUGUCUCUGACAUGGAAGAUGGCGGCGAGACGGGUCGCCGCCAGGAGGGUGAAGUGGACUGGACCUUUGCGGGUUAA